GGGGCUUGAAGGCGGGGCGUUACAAUGUGGCGCUCGGUCAGACUGCUGAAGACGGACGCAUGAGACUUGCGGAUCACCGGAGAAAAGAAAAAUAACGAGUGUCAGUCUACCUCCACACAGAAAACAACCAUGAGAGUCCUCCUACUGCUCUCCAUGCCAGUCCUUCUGCUAGCCCAGCCCCCACUCUACCAAGAACCAUUUCCUUUCCUGGAGGACUAUGACCCUGAUUAUUUUCCUGAGAAUCCUGACACGGAUGUCCAGCAGCAGGUCUUGUUACAAGGUCCUCGACCAUUCCCUGAGCCAGAACGUCCUGGUCCAUCUGAGACAGAGACAGAGCCUACAGAACCUGGCCCCCUAGAUUGCCGAGAAGAGCAGUACCCCUGCACCAGACUCUACUCUAUUCACAAGCCAUGCAAACAGUGUCUGAAUAGCCUCUGUUUCUACAGCCUGCGAAGGGUGUAUGUGAUCAACAAGGAGGUGUGUGUCAGGACCGUGUGUGCGCAUGAAGAGCUGCUAAGAGCUGACAUGUGCCGUGACCAGUUCUCUCGUUGUGGUGUAGCGGCGGUGAGUGGCCAGUGUGGGUCACUGGGGAGCAGCUGUGGGAAGAGCUGUGGAGGCUGUUGAGAACAUGGACACAUCAGAGAGAACUCCAGCCCAAAUACUGCCACAUCUCUUAGGGUCCACAUCCCACCCCCUAACCCCUUCUCUUCCUCUGUCCCAUCUCUUAGGGUCCACAUCCCACCCCCUACACCCUUCUCUUCCUCUGUCCCAUCUCUUAGGGUCCACAUCCCACCCCCUACACCCUUCUCUUCCUCUGUCCCAUCUCUUAGGGUCCACAUCCCACCCCUACACCCUUCUCUUCCUCUGUCCCAUCUCUUAGGGUCCACAUCCCACCCCCUACACCCUUCUCUUCCUCUGUCCCAUCUCUUAGGGUCCACAUCCCACCCCUACACCCUUCUCUUCCUCUGUCCCAUCUCUUAGGGUCCACAUCCCACCUCCUACACCCUUCUCUUCCUCUGUCCCAUCUCUUAGGGUCCACAUCCCACCCCCUACACCCUUCUCUUCCUCUGUCCCAUCUCUUAGGGUCCACAUCCCACCCCCUACACCCUUCUCUUCCUCUGUCCCAUCUCUUAGGGUCCACAUCCCACCCCCUACACCCUUCUCUUCCUCUGUCCCAUCUCUUUUCCUGUUUAAUCUUCCACUGUAUUCCACAUAAUCUUUGGUUCCAAAAAACUCCUAUUUGUUUAUUUUCUCUACUUCUCUAGUGACUUUCCCCAUCAUCCCUUUUUUCAUCUCUCUUUCAGAAUUAUACAUAAUGCAAGGUGGGAUCAGUAGAAUGUGUGUAUGUCUAAACAUAUUAUUUCAUAUUCAACAGAACAUUGAUGACUGUAUAACAUAACAUAACUGGUGCUAUAAAAUCACUAACAUACUGGUGCUAAGGAAUUGAAAUCAGCACUCAAGAGAUGCACAGAAAACAAUCUUGAUCUUGUUUUUUUUGCCUUACUGUAUCCUAUAUUCUACAUCAUUGUGUGGUGUUUGUUGUUGUUUACUGUACCUUUGUUGAAAUCAGUCAUAGUAGUGAGGGAACAGCAAGAGUGGCAGCCACUGUGCACUGACCUCAACAACAGAGGCAUUAUCAGCACUCAAUCAUCAUCCCACUGCCUCUGCACUUCCUGGGUGGCGAGCAUCCACAAUCAGACUUGAAGAGACGGAUUCUGACCUGACGCCUGAUCUCUCCUGAAAGUGUUUUUGCGUAACACGGUCGGCCACAUGACUAGAGCUACGGUGGCUGGUGACCUUGCAGUGAGUGCAUAGUUUCACAUAUCAGAGGCAAGAAGUGGCGGCUCAUAAAUUGUUACUGUACUACUGCUUUGUAAAACCCUUUCACUAUAAUGGAGGAGAAAAUAAAUGUUUUUUUUACUACAA